AUGAUCUUGAUUCUUGUUAAAGAGCAGCAUCAAAACGAUUCUAUUGAAACCCAUCACAUCCAUUGGCACCAUGUGGAAGCAGUUCUCGGUAUUGUGCGUCCUUCCAAUUUAAAUGAAUAUGCAUCCAAGGUGCCAGAUGUAAGAUUCUCAGACAUCUACGGAAUUGAUGACAUUGUGGAAACCAUCCAGGCUUCCGUUAUCUAUCCUUUCCAUCAUCCCGAGGAAUAUCAAUUGAUGGGUAUUCAUCCACCUCGUGGCAUCAUCCUGUAUGGUCCACCAGGGGUGGGAAAGACAAUGCUUUGCUCUGCGUUAGCCUCUGAAGCCGGCAUCAACUUUAUGUUUGUCGAGAGUUCCCACAUUCGUUCGAAAGUGGUGGGUGAGUCGGAGAAAAAUAUUGCCAAAUUAUUUGCCAGUGCACGAGCCAAUGCGCCAUGCAUAUUAUUCAUUGAUCAGAUUGACAUGCUGUUACCUAAGCGUGGAUCAAGCCGCACUUCGGAAAAUACAAGUGACCGCAUCGUCACCAGUUUCCUUACAGCAACCAACCGUAUCGAAGUGAUGGAUCCAGCUGUUCUGCGACACGGACGCUUUGAUGAACAUAUCCAUGUCCCUAUACCAAAUGCUGAGACCCGUGCCGCCAUCAUUCGUGGUUUAUGUGCAAAGAUGCCGGUUGUGAUGAAUGAUGAGGAUAUAGCACAAUUAGUGCAUGAGACAUAUCAUUGGUCAGGUAGCAACAAAAACCAGUUUACCAGGGUGAAAUACAUCGUCUCACUCUUUCUUUUUUUCUUCCCUAAUAUGCAGGAGCAGAAAUCGAUAAUUUAUUCCGAGAGGCUGCUUUGGCCAGCUUACGAGAGAAUGUCAACAACGCGACAGUAA